CUGACAAGCCAAUAUCGAGCCCAAAUCUGAGCCAAGAGAUAAAAUACCCGAAAAAUACCCGGAAAACCCGAAAAACCCGAAAAACAUGUCAACCAGCUUCAAGUCGAGAAUUCCGGAGCGCGUUAAGCACUCGCUGACGGCGCUGCAUGGGCCAAAUUCGCGGGUUUCGCGCUCGCGGAGCAUCGCACGCCCGAAUCGCUGUACAAUGUACCGCUCCAAGUUGCCGCUGCCGAUCAGGAUGCUGACCGCUUUGGUCAGGGAAGAGCCGCCGGAAGCAGUGGCAGCGGCCACCACCAGACCGGAAACGGAAAGGGAAACCGAGGCGGUGAUCCGCUCGCUAGUGCGACGUUCGAUACCGCCGGCGGUACGCGGCAAUCGCACCUCCUUCCGUCGCAUCCAGUUGGCCCACAGUUCACCCCAGGUGGCCAGUGUGUCGCUGACGAUGAAGCCCCAAAUCCGAUGGCAGAACGCCAGCGCACUGAGUCCGCCCCAAAAACCCCACACGGUACAGCUGCCCGUUCCGCCGGUGGUGAAGCGCAAGCGGCCCGAGGACGAGGUGGUGUCCGCGAAGAGCUUGAUCGAAUUGGUGGCCGGCAAAUGGCAACCGGAAAUGAAAAUGAUGCGUUUCCUGUGCAGCGAUCAUCGGCUGAUCAAUGUGCCCAGUCGCCUGAUGUACCGCUAUUCGGAAGUGAUGUGCAGCCUGGAAAUGGAAGAGCAGCCCAUCGAGCUAAGGGCCAUUCGAUCGGUGACCCUGCUCCGUGUGGUCAUGUGGAUGCAUCAGAAGAGCCUAAACGGAAAAGGUGAAUUGCUGUCUGCCGGACUCGAGCAGAGUUGCAUUUGCGCCGACCAAAGUAUAGCCCAGGAAAAAGAAAACGGAAACGGAAAUGAAAAUGAGAACACCGAGAACAGUUGUGAAAUCACUGAGAACACUCAAGAAAAUGAUGCAAGCAUAAUUAUAAAUACUGAAUCUAUAAUAAACCAAAUGUUUGAUGCAUACAGCGAUAGCGAAGAUGAAACCACUGAGGACAGUUCGGAAAGCAGUGAGAACAGUGAGGAAAAUGAUAGUGCCGAAAGUAUCGACUUUGAAAUGAGCAAUGGCUAUGGAAAAUACCGAUAUGAGAAUACCAAGAACAGUUGCGAAAGGACAGAAAGAAUGCGUAAUCGAAUUUUUAAGGUCUAUAAUAAAAGAAGAUAUGCAAAUGCCGAGAACAGUUGUGAAAAUUACGAGAAUGCUGAAAACUCAAUAUACAAGAAACUUAAUGGCUACACUGAAGGCGGAAAUGAAAAGGUCCAGAACUGUAUUCUAAGCGAUAUAUGCAAAAUGACGGACCUUGCAAAUGGGAUGCAUUUCAGAAAUGCAGGGAACAUAACCUCAAACACUGGGAACACUCAGAUGAAAGCUAGAACCGGAAAUGACUUCAAUAAGGUAGGCGGAAAUGAGCAAAAUGCAAAUGGCAACGGAAGUGACAAGGAAAAUACUAUUAACAAUAUAUAUGGGAACCACAGUCAAGAUCGUUUUGUAAUUAGUCCCACAAAUACUGGAAUUUUCAGGAAGAACAGUGGAAACGGUAUUGAGAAUGGCAAAGAAAAGGGCACUAUUGAAGGCAGUAGUUUAAGUGAAAAUAUAUUUCGUACAAAUGGGAAGCCAAAUUUCAGUGAAAUAAAUCUAAAUGGAAAUGAAAAUGAGAACAGGAAUGCAAGUGAACAAAAAGUGCCCAAUGUUGAGAAUUUAAAAAGUGAGGCCUCUGAACUCAGUUCCUGGGAGCAGCGAUUGUUGGGCAGUGAACUCUAUCAGCUGGUGGAGCUCAUCCUGGCCGCCCACUAUUUGGGCGUGGAUUCGCUGACCCUGCUGGCCACCCAACAUUUUGGCGAGCUGAUGGCCCAAAGGACUCGCACAGAAAGGUGUCUCAUGCUGAAGAUACACACCCAUUUGGCUGGGGUGCGUCAAACUUUGGAUACCCAUCGUCCGCGAAUCCGGGAGAUAAUGACGCAGGAGAAGAAUCAGAAUCAUCUGAGGCCCCAGCGACGAAGUCCAGCCUUUGCUGCGGUCAACAAGGAUCCCAUCAAGAUCUCCAGUAUGCGAUCAUCACAAAGAACUGGAGGUCCUUGCGCCAUCGAGACCCCGCCGACUCCACUCUGCUCCAAUAGACAUCGCCACCACCAGAACUGUUUUUACUCCAGAUUUUAAUUCGAAAUCCCUUGGAUUGUAAUGGCAAUAGAGAGCUUUUGUACUCAACU